AUGUACGACUUGUCGGCACUGGACGGGUUCACGUACCGAACCCUACUGGAGGUCACCGCUUCGGAAGAUGCUUGUGUGCUGUGGUGUCGUCAAAACGGUUGGCGCUGGCGAUGCAAGAAGAAGCCCCACGCCGACCGCCCGGUCGAAAAGAGUAUCCGCGCUGGCUCGUUCUUUGCGAAGUCGAAGUUACCACUAACGACGCUCUUGCGUCUGUUAUACGCGUGGGCUUCGCACAAGCCAGCCAAGACUGUCAUGGAUGAGGAAGGAGUGUCGACGGACACCGCAUGCAAUUGGUACAACUAUUGCCGAGAUAUUUGCUCGGCUGAAAUGCUUGCAAGCGAAAUGAAGAUUGGCGGUGAAGGACACGUCAUCGAAAUCGACGAGACGUCCUUGAAGAAGAAGUCAAAGUACGGCCGUGGUGAAGUUCACCCAGACCGUUGGCUCUUUGGGAGUGUCGAUCGGGCAACCAAGCGGUGGUUCGGCAUAUUGGUCGGUGAGGACCGUACGAAACCCACGCUCUUAGCGUUGAUCAAGAAGCACGUACUCUGA